UGAAUCACCUCCUUAGCACUGAAGAAAACCCUUUUACUUCGUUUCCCCAAUAGCGCCCCCUUCUUCCCCUCCCCUUGGCGGCUGCUUCACCUCCAUCUCCUCCUCCCCACCCCCCUCUCCUCUUCUGUUUCACAGCCAUCGUUCCUUAUCAACCCCCUACCAUCGGCCCUCCCGUCCUUCUCUUUGCAACACCUUUUACAAUUGGAUAACCCCAGUCAAGAGAGAGAGAGAGAGAGAAACUAGAGGGCGAGAAGGGAAACUAGAAGGAGAGAGAGAGAGAGAUAGAGGGAGAGAGAGAGAGGUACCAUUUUGGGCUGAAACAAGGAGAUCUCACCACCAUGGCAACCGUGGCUCCUACUCCUGACCAAUCAUCUGAUUUACUUAAGAAAUUGUCAUUGGAUUCACAACAGAAGCCUGCGGAGAUACCAGAGCCAACGAAGAAGCCGUCUUCUGUCCAAUAUGAUGCUGGUGAAGCUGGAAAGGUGUCAAAUGCCACUGGUGAUCGGUCCACUACGCCCAUCCUUCAAGAAUUUAUGGAUCCCAACGUGUGUUAUGUUCCUCAUGGCUACAGUUCAUACUACUAUGGGGGUUAUGAUGGUUCAAUGAAUGAAUGGGAGGAUUAUUCAAGAUACGUUAAUCCUGAUGGAGUUGAGAUGCCGACACAUAGAGUUUAUGGGGAUAAUGGGUCUAUGAUGUACCACCCUGGUUAUGGCUACCCGCCUUAUGGUGCAUACCCGCCGGAUGGGCAGCUGUAUGGUCCUCAGACAUACCAAUAUGCACCGCCAUAUUACCAGCCACCUAAUGCAUCUAACGGCCAGUAUAAUUCAAACAAUCAAGUUCCAGCAUCACAGCCGGAGGUUUCCACCACCGUUUCAUCUGAUCAGGGAAGUGUGCCAGCGGAAACAACCAAUGGUAAUGCCAAUGGUGUAGCAAAUGGCAAUGCAAAUGGAAUUCAUAAAGCACCUUUAUCCACACCCAGCAAACAGCAGUCAGGUAUGGUUAGUUCAAAUGGUUCAUAUGGGAGAGGUAUCCUGCCAGGUGGUGUUCCAACUUCCGGUUACCAGGAUCCUAGGUUUGGUUUUGAAGGCAUGCAUGCAUCGACUUGGACAGACGGCCCUGUCUUAUCAGAUGGACAACAUAGAUCCGCAACAAGUGGACCUUUAUCUUCUUCAGGGGCUCAUACUGUUGCAGGGGCUAGAAACCAAAAUCUCCAUCCAUUGCCACAUGUUAUGGGUAUGCAUCCUUCAAGACCAGCUUCUGGUAUGGCUCCAGCUCCUGGCUAUAUGAACAGGAUGUACCCAAAUAACAGAGUAUACAAUCAUGGUGCAGGUGCGUUAAGAAUUCCUCCCACUUACGGUUCAAAUUGUUAUGACUAUAGAGCAAAUGGUCGUGGUUGGAUGCCUGUUGAUGGUAAAUUUAAACCGAGAGGACGAGGAAAUGGGUAUUUCUAUUAUGGUAAUGAAAACAUGGAUGUCCUAAAUGAACAAAAUAAAGGACCAAGAGCUGCUAGGUUCAAGAACCAAAGGUCUUUUCCUUCUGGUGUCACAUUGGCGGUGAAGGGCCAGAAUAUCACUUUGAAUGGGAAAUCAGAUGAUUCCGCAACUCCAGACAGAGAUCAAUACAAUAGAUCGGAAUUUGAGAUCAAAUACCCUGAUGCAAAAUUUUUUGUUAUCAAGUCAUAUAGUGAGGAUGAUGUCCACAAGAGCAUCAAGUACAAUGUUUGGGCCAGUACUCCAAAUGGUAAUAAGAAGCUUGAUGCUGCAUAUCAGGAAGCACGUGAGAAAACUGAUGGUUGUCCUGUGUUCUUGUUGUUCUCUGUGAAUACAAGUGGGCAGUUUUGUGGCCUGGCAGAGAUGGUUGGUCCAGUUGAUUUUAACAAAAACUUGGACUAUUGGCAGCAAGACAAAUGGAACGGUUGUUUUCCUGUCAAGUGGCACAUCGUGAAGGACAUCCCUAACAGUUUGCUGAAACACAUUACUCUGGAAAACAAUGACAAUAAACCUGUUACAAACAGCCGAGACACUCAGGAGGUGAAAUUUGAGAAAGGGCUGGAGAUUCUUAAGAUAUUCAAGGAAUAUGUCUGCAAGACUUCUAUACUUGACGAUUUUGGAUUUUAUGAAGCUCGCCAGAGGCAAAUGCAGGAGAGCCGAGCAAAAACACAGCAUCUGAAACAGAUCCAUAAGCAGAUGUGUGAUGGACAAGUAACCGAAGUUGGUUCUGGAGAUAAAGAAGGAACAAAGUCAAAACCUCAGAAGGCCACUACCGACUCAGCAUCAACUCUUCAGAAAGAACAGUCUCAGGCUGUUGGGGAGCGGAAGCCAGUGGAGGAGAAUGGCUCAGUUGCAGGAAGUGGGGAUCCAAAGGGUGCAAAACCAGCAACGGAGAAGAGAGUACCUAACGGAGUAGCUAAUGGUUGCUAGGGUUAUCCGAUGGAAAUUUCUCCUGUUUAGCUCAAGUGCCUUUGAGUUGUUCUAUUGCCGCUGAAGAUGCAGUGAAGAAGUUUUGCUCGAUUAGAUAGUGAUAGCUUAAUGCUGGUGACAGCCGGCGAUCCUGGCUUGAGAGAAGCUCAUUACGAACAAAAAAGUGGAUUAAUCUCGUUUAUGGUACAAUUGGUGAAGCUGAUGAAGAAGGUCUCGGCUUUUCUGCGUCCAAUCCGGUUACCAGCGUGGUGGUGCACCUUCUUUGUGAUAGUUUUCCUUCUUCUUUUUCUCAUUUAGCCGUCAUUUUCUUUCCAGUAGUAGGAUAGGAACUUGUGUUGGUAUAGGUCAAUCUCACAGGUCGAGUCUAACUAAGAUCAUUCAGUGGUUUGGCGUCUUCUGUUUUUACUUUUGCCCUUUUUCCUUUUUUCCGUUUAUGGCUUUUUCUUGUGUAUCUACUCUGCCUUUGAGCUUUUGUAUCUUGGGAAGAAACGGGUGGGAAUUAAAUGUGAUAGAGGGGGAGCUAAAGAGCACCAGUUUUUUCUAUGGAAAAAAAGUUAUCUGCUUUUCUGUU